GCCUCAUUUAGACAAGAAAUUUUCCUAUUUUAAACUGUCUUGACUCUUGACAUCUCCCCAAGUCCCAAGUUCCAAGUUCCCAAGUUCCAACCCAGCAUGAGCAUUGAACUAAAAAAGCACAUCAAACCGGGAGUGCCAAGAAUCUUGAGAAAAUUGAAGAAACCCCACUCUUGUUCUUGGCCCUUGGAAAUCGACGAGACGCAGCAAUAAGGAGCAGACGAAGAAGAGCUGCAAAACCCUAGAAAGGUCUCUCGAAAUCGAUUUGUUUGUUCUAUCUCUUGUCAUUCAUCUGUUCUUGUUUCGAUUCUUUUUGGUUCUCCGUUUUCUCUUUAGUUUUCGUCCGUCCUGCUUCUUGGUUGGUUCUUCCAUUUCUUUUUACUCCUUCUCUGGAGGAUUUGAUGAAUAUGGUUCUUUCAUCGUGCAAAUUUGUUUCGUUCAAGUGGACUUCGAAGAAUCUGAAAAUAUGCAAUGUGAACUGAGAGUUAGUCUUCCUUCUAGUACCCCCGUCGUUGGUGUCGAGAUCAAACCUCAAGUAUUCCCGAGCCGUUCUGGUUCUGCUAAACUCCCGGACCACUCAGUGAUCUUCAACUGGUAUCGCUAUCACAGUGAUGGGGAGUUUCCUUGUUGCAUGCACCCUUCUGAGUCAGCAGCUUUCCAGUGCAUGUGUUGCAUAAUGUCAAAUGCACCAGUUAAAGAGAGUUACUACUGCUCUAAGAAGUGUUUCCUUGAUUCAUGGAAGAACCACCAUGCAUGCCAUUUUCAGGAGGCUUUCACUACAAGUAAGACUUCCAAUAAAGAUGGUCAGGCUUCUAUGGGUAAAAGUAGCCGCUCCUUGUCACCUUGGUCAGGCUUUGAUGAUGUGGUGGACCAAGAUGGUCAGACAUGGAUUAAUGUGGGUUCUUCAAAGGGAUAUGUACCCUCAAUGGCUGAUCAUGGCUACAUUCUGAGGCUGGAAUGUGCAGCUGUAGAUAAAAGAGGAAAUCCUUUGUCUCCAGUAAAUAUCAUUUUGACCGAUCCUGUAAUUGUUGCUCCUAUUCCACGUCCUCGCUUCAUGAUUGAAAUUAGAUCUCCGGAGGAAUUUAAAUAUUUAAGUUUGGAACCCAAGUCUUCUAUUGCUGGAACUUUUAGUGUGCUAUCCUACAAUAUACUUUCCGAUUUUUAUGUCAAUACGGAACUGCAUGGUUAUUGCCCUAGAUGGGCUCUUACUUGGGAAUACCGCCGAGAAAAUCUGCUACGUGAGAUUGUUGGAUAUGAAGCAGAUAUUCUUUGUCUUCAGGAGGUGCAAAGUGAUCAUUUUAUGAAUUUCUUUGAACCUGAGCUGAAAAAACGUGGGUACUCGGUUAUUUACAAGAAAAAGAAGGAUCAGCUUUAUACUCGUAAUGGAUCUAUAACUGAUGGAUGUGCAACAUUUUUCCGCCGUGAUCGAUUUAAAGAGAUUAAAAGAUAUGAGCUUGAAUAUGGUGCAUAUGCACACUCAGUGAUAAAAGAACUUAAUCCGAGUAUGAGAACUGAAGAUCAUUUUCGAUUUGCAAAGGAUAAUGUUGCUCUUGUUGUAAUAUUUGAACUGAAGGGAAAUGACACUGUUUCUGAUGCCCUGCAUUCUAGAAUUUGUGUGGCAAAUACUCAUAUACAUGCCAAUGCUAAGCUCACAGAUGUCAAACUGUGGCAGGUUGCAACUCUUAUCCAAGGAUUAGAGAAAAUAGCCAAAAUAGAUAUACCUGUACUGAUUUGUGGGGAUUUGAACUCUCUUCCUGGAAGUGCUCCUCAUAAUCUUCUACUUUUGGGCAAAGUUGAUCCUAAUCAUCCAGAUUUGGAAUCUCGUACUAUUGGCAUAUUACAACCAUCUAUACUUCAACACAGAAUGUCUUUGGUAAGUGCAUAUGCUGCUUUAUGUCUUACAAGCAGUGGUGGACCAGACUUUAAACAACAAAGGGAGUGUAUAAGCCCAGAAACCAAUGAACCUAUGUUUACCAACUUCACAGAUAAUUUCUCGGGGACUCUAGAUUACAUUUUAUACACAGCGGACAGGUUGAUGGUUGAAGGUCUGUUGGAACUUCUCGAUCAGGAAUCUUUAAAGAAGCAUACUGCUCUUCCAUCACCAGAGUGGUCAUCGGACCAUAUAGCACUCAUGGCAAAGUUCCGUGUGAAGCCCCUCCUUGGGUUGAGAAAAGACGCUGAACUUCCUCAUCUCCUGUGGUAAAAAGAGCCAAAGCUAACAUGUAAGUGAUUAGAGUUGGGUGUAAAGGGCGGUUAAUUUUUAGGCGAAGAUGGGUCAGUUUUCAGAUGAUCAAGUUCUUUGCCACCAUUAUAGGCUUAGAUGGUAUGCUGUGUGGAAGGUCUGGAACGACUCACAUUUUAUAGUGUUACAAUAAGGAAAUUAUUCUAUUAUUUUCACUUUCAUAGUUUCA